GUCUGUUUUGACUUGCGGUUUCUACCAAACACACUCCCAACCAUGAAAUGAGCAAAGCUAAUAUAGAAGUACCAGCUCUAACAGGAAGUACAGCACAUUUCACUACAGCAGCAAAAGAUAUACAUUGAAGUGCCCAAGAUCAACCAACAUGGAUGGAAUUAACAUCGUCACAACUUUUUCGGUGGCAUACGAAGAAGAUUUUCCAGAAAAGUACAACUACACAUAUGAUGACGACACAACAAUAUGUGUUGAGAUUUACCUGCAGACCUUUCAUGCCGUGCUGUACACCUUGAUCUUUCUGCUGGGUGUGGUGGGAAAUGGCCUGAUGAUAACAGUCCUCCUGAGACGUCGCCGCCGCCUGCGCAUCACCGAGAUCUACCUCCUGCACCUCGCCCUGACUGACCUCAUGCUCCUUUUUACAUUUCCUUUCGAUGUAGCUGACAGUGCUAUUGGUUGGGUGUUUGGGGAAUUUCUCUGCAAACUGAAGGGCUUGGUGCAUGAUCUCAACCUGCACUGUGGGAGUCUCCUUCUAGCGUGCAUUGGGUUUGAUAGAUAUUUGGCUGUUGUUCAUGCUAUACCUAGUAUGCAAAUCCGUCGCCCGAGAACAGUCCACCUUACAUGCAUUGCAUUGUGGCUGGUCUGUUUGGGUUUGUCUAUACCUAAUGCUGUGUUUCUUUCUGUGCACGAAGACACCAACUUCUGGCGGUCCUGCGGCUAUUAUCUUUAUGGUAUUGAUGCAAACAACUGGGGAUUAGCCCAGAGAGUCUCAUAUCAUGUGUGCUUUUUCCUACCUCUGGCUGUCAUGUGCUACUGUUACACAGCAGUGGUCGUUACUUUGUGCAGUAGUCAGAAAAAACAAGCAAAGCAAGGGGCAAUUCGACUGGCUUCACUUGUCACUCUUGUCUUUUUCUUCGGUUGGCUACCAUAUAAUAUCACCUUGCUGAUAAAAACUAUGUUCGACCUAAAGGUUAUCGAUAUGGAAAACUGUGACAAUUAUGUCCUCCUGCAACAAGUCCUUGAUGUGACGAAAGGCCUGGGUCUCUCACACUGUUGCCUGAACCCUUUCUUGUAUGCCUUUGCUGGGGUGCGGUUUCGAAAUGAGCUUCUACAGUUACUUUAUAAAUUGGGCUGCAGCCAUAUUUGCCUACCUUUCAACAGAGCUCAGGGUCACGGUCGACCAUCCAUUUCUGAUGCAGCCACAAGCACAAGCACCAUCCACAUCUAAUACAAUGCUAUACAAUGUCAGCUGUAAAUAAAAUGCUUCUGUUCUAC